ACGCCCUCAUGUUUGAUUUGUGCCUGUCUUCUCUCUCACUCACUCUUCUCUAAUUUGCUUUUUGGAAAGGAAUUGAAAUGGGUGCACUUAACUACAUCAUCUCCAACUUUUGCACAGUUCCCAGCAAAAAGAUCAAAACAAUGCAGACAGUUGAGAUCAAAGUCAAAAUGGACUGUGAUGGCUGUGAACGAAAAGUCAGAAAUGCAGUGGCGACAAUCAAAGGAGUGAAAUCUGUGGAGAUAAACAGAAAGCAAAGCAGGGUGACAGUGAAUGGUUGCGUUGAUCCAAACAAGGUGUUGAAUAGGGUAAAGAGAACCGGGAAGAAAAAAGCUGAAUUUUGGCCUUAUGUUCCACAGCAUGUGGUCACAUAUCCUCAUGCCUCCGGCGUCUAUGACAAAAGGGCACCCGGCGGCUAUGUUCGAAACGUCCAAACAUUUGCAGCAUCAGCUGAUACAGAAGAGAAAUUUAUGUCCCUUUUCAGUGAAGACAACGUAAAUGCAUGCUCCAUCAUGUAAGCAACUACUGAGAAUCGAUAAAUUAUCACAUGAUCUGAUAUCACCAUGUCUCGAUCAAAUCUAUAUAUACUAUACGUGACACGAUGACACACACAAAAAAUGUGUUAGAUAGAGAUUGUUCGAGAUCUAUAUGAUCCUACAUCAUGUAAUAUACUAUAAUGUAAGCAACUACUGAGAAUCGAUAAAUUAUCACAUGAUUUGAUAUCACUAGGUCUCGAUACAUAAUACAAUGAUACACACAAAAAUGUGUUAGAUAGAAAUUGUUCGAGAUCUAUAUAAUUCUACAUCAUGUAAUGAUAUUUCUCAUCAUCAUCUUAAGAGAAUCUUUGUUCUUGUA